UCCGGCGGAGAGGGGAAGGAGGCGGGGCAAGCCCAUAUCCCAGCGUGCCCCGCGCCUGCCCCCCUCUUCCGGCGCCAAGAUGUCGAAGCGAGGACGCGGUGGUUCCUCGGGUGCCAAGUUCCGCAUCUCCCUCGGUCUCCCGGUGGGAGCUGUGAUCAACUGCGCCGAUAACACAGGUGCCAAGAACCUGUACAUCAUCUCCGUGAAGGGCAUCAAGGGCCGCCUGAACAGGCUGCCAGCGGCCGGUGUGGGUGACAUGGUGAUGGCCACCGUCAAGAAGGGCAAGCCAGAGCUGCGGAAGAAAGUCCACCCGGCGGUGGUAAUUCGGCAGCGGAAGUCCUACAGGAGAAAAGACGGAGUAUUCCUCUAUUUCGAAGACAACGCAGGCGUGAUAGUAAAUAAUAAAGGAGAAAUGAAAGGCUCUGCCAUCACAGGCCCUGUGGCGAAGGAGUGCGCGGAUCUGUGGCCCAGGAUAGCCUCCAACGCGGGAAGCAUCGCGUAGCCGCGGCGUUCCAUACACACAAUAAAAGUCCUUGUACCAAACAA